AUGCUCAACGAGAAAAGUUCAAGCAAAUUGCUUCGGAAAAAGUCGAGCAGUAGACUUCCGAUGUAUGGAAGUAGUAAAUCCAAUUUAAAAUCUCAAAGCAAUAUUGAACAUACAGUGGCUGAAAAAGUCGAUAUAGAUUUUGGGAGUGAUAUUACCGAUGAGGAACUCUAUCAAAAAUUGAAGACAAUUAUUAAGGGGGAGAAUGCAGAAGAGUUGCUGAUGCAAAAGAAGAUAUGCGAAAGAAUCGCAACAUCCAUGAACGAGAAAUAUUCUCCCGAGUACAUUGAAGAAUGGAAACAAAUUAAUUUAUUUCAUUAUAAAAAAAUACACCAACUAGGAAGUGACGUUAAAGAAAAUAUGACUGAUCUGAGUACAUACAUUUAUGAUGUCAUGGCUUUUAAAGAUAUUUUGAUUGAAUAUCAGCAAGUCCUCCCCUAUAAAUUAUUACAAGAUUUUAUACUGCUAACAUCUAGACUGUACAGAAAUCAAUCUGACCUAUUUUGGAAUUUGAGCGAAUUUAUGACCUAUGUAUUUAGUCCCGACCAUGGGGUGUGUAAACAAGCGAAAGAUAUUUCCCAGAAAGACAUUAAUUAUGAUUUCUUUUCUAUGAGACAAUUAAUUUAUCAAUAUAUGGAGGUUAAAAAAGAAUUGGAGAUUUCCAACACCCAACUUGAGGAUCUACGAAAACAUGCUGAGUCAAGUACGUAA